CCGUAACUCCCACCUCGUCUCAUUCUUCGACACCAGCCCUCUGUUUUUCGGCGAGGAAGAUGAUAGUUCCAAAAACUUCAGUUCGUCUGUCUGCUGCUAAAAGUAGUAAGUUUUUCUCUUUAUUCAUUGAGCCAACGCAAAACAAGAUUUCCCUUGAGAAGUUCCUAAAAAAUGACUGUAAAUCAGGAAAAAUCCACAUUAAAGAUGCACUUAAUUACUUUGAUAACAUGCUCCAUAUGCAAUCCCCACCACCCAUUUCAUCGUUCAACAUGUUGCUAGGUGCAGUUGCGAAAACCAAGCACUACAAUGAUGUCAUCUCACUGUAUAACAAGAUGGUUGCUGUAAAUUAUUCAACUGAUUUUAUCACCCUUAACAUUUUGAUGAACAGUUUUUGUAGUAUGAAACAAGUGGGUUUAGGGUUUUCUGUUUUAGGUGGGAUUUUUAAGAGGGGUUAUAGUCCAAAUGUUGUAACUUUCACAUCAUUAAUUAAAGGGCUUUUUGUGGAAAAUAAGAUUAACGAGGCAGUGGGGCUUUUCAAGAAAAUAGUUGAAUUGGGAUAUAAGCCUCAUGUUAAAACAUGGGGAACUUUGAUUAAUGGGUUGUGUAGGAGUGGUAAUGCUGAGAGGGCGCUCGUUUUGCAUCAAGAAAUGUCCAAGGGGAAUGUUCUUUUUGGUGUUCCGUUUAGGCCGAAUGUAGUGACAUAUAGCAUGAUAAUUGAUGGACUUUGCAAGGAAGGUUUGGUAGAUAAGGCGGUUAAGGUAUUUUCGGAGAUGAAGGAGAAAAGAAUCUCCCCGGAUGUGGUAGUAUAUGGCUCGUUGGUUCAUGGUCUGUCGGAUGCUUGUAAGUGGGAGGAAGCGAAGGCUUUCUUUAAUGAAAUGGUGGAUCAAGGUAUCCGUCCGAAUGUUGUAACAUUCAAUGCCUUGAUGAAUGUCCUUUGUAAGGAAGGGAGAACCGAAGAAGCAAGUGCGCUGUUAGACUUAAUGAUACAAAGGGGUGAAAAACCUGAUUCUUUUACGUAUAACACGUUGAUGGAUGGAUUUUGCUUAGAGGGAAAGGUUGAUAAUGCAAGGCAGUUGUUUGUUUCGAUGGCUGCUAAGGGUGAGGAACGCAACGUAAUAAGUUACAAUAUCUUAAUCAAUGGCUAUUGCAAGUGCGGAAGAAUAGACGAUGGUUGGAGGCUUUACAAAGAGAUGCUUCAGAAGGAUUCUAAGCCAACGGUAGUUACAUUCAACACUUUGUUAACUGCUCUUUUUCAAGGAGGAAAAGUUGGGGAUGGCCGAGAACUAUUUGACGAGAUGCAAAGGUGUGGUGUGACACCAAAUUCUUCAACUUUCACUAUACUAUUAGAUGGAUUUUGCAAGAAUAAUUGCCUCCCGGAGGCAAUGGAGUUGUUCCAACUUCUAGAAAGGACAAGACAUGAACUCACUAUUGAUGCCUUUAACUGUGUAAUUGACGGGUUGUGUAAAGGAGGAAAGCUUGAAGACGCUACCAAAUUGUUUGAGAGUUUAUCCCAGAAAGGCUUGGUCCCAACUGUUGUUACAUAUUCUAUCAUGAUUCAUGGGUUCUGUAAAAUUGGUCAAUUAGAAAAAGCAAAUAAUCUGUUCUUGGAGAUGGAAAAGAAGGGAUGUUUUCCUAAUGUUGUAACAUUUAAUACACUUAUGCGAGGUUUCUGUGAUAACAAUGAUGCGCCACAGGUAGUAAACCUUCUUCAGAAAAUGGCAGAGAAACAUAUUUCACCAGAUCUAUCAACAAUAUCUCUUGUUGUAGAAUUACUGUCGAAGGAUGACAAAUACCAUGAAUAUCUGAACUUGAUUCCGACAUUUCCAACACGGUCCGGUGAAAAGUGAGUUUUUGAAUGGGGUUCAUCUAUGCGAUGAAUUUUGGCUGGAUUGUGAUGUGGGAAAAUCUCCUUUUAUUAGAAUUCUAUUUGAAAUUUGUGUUUGAGAAGCAGUAUAGCUGGUCUCAAGGGAAUUUUGGAGGAUCCGAUAAGCACCCACUGACAUUUUCGGAGACUCCGAGCAACAUAGGUGCGCUGACAUUCAUUUUUAUUACAUUUUAACUCUUUUGAUGGCCCCACUUGGAUUAGAAGCCAGAUUGCUGAGCUCGGCCAUUAUUGUUAUAACCAAGUUCUCAUAAUCAAUUGGUGCUGCUCCCAAGUAGCAGAUUUGGUCAAAAAGCAAAUGUGUUGGAUAAGCAUGGACCGAUGCCGGCUGGUGUUGUUAGAUUAUUCUUUGGGGUUAAUUGACUGCUAGUCAUCAAUCAGCAUUGCUUUCAAUUCAUUGGUGUUCAAUUCCCUCCUCUAUCAGAUGCUGUUAGAAGCCCGCUAAAAUACUGUCAAUUCCUAGAAGGGUACAUUUGACAAGAAUUAUUGCGCUUUCUCCUCUUUGUAUGAAAGCCUUUGCUGCAAUUUUCGGCUGGUGUAAGCCCGGGAAGAAGCUGCUGACCAGGUAGUUGGGGCUUCUUUCGCUCUGCUAAACUAUCUCUUCCAUAAAAGGGCUCUCUUUGAGCAGGCAAAUUUUGCAGCAAGGUUGUUGCUGUAUUACAAUCUGCAGAAUACAGGAGAACGAAGAUGAAGAUACCACGUUAUCAAGUAGUUUAGAAGACAUUGCCAUUUUUAAUUUUUGACUAGGUAGAAUCUUGUACUAUUGAUAAGGGGAUGUGUUCAUUGCAAACUUGGUGGCUCAUCUGUACUCUUGUACAACUGUCUUAAUACUGUUGUAGCCACGAAAUGCCAUAAAUGGAGGGGAAAGCAGCUCUAAUAUAUAAGGCCUACUGGUUUGUUGAUCAGCA